ACUUCCGGCUAUGCUCAUGUUUUUCUGUCUUUCUAGGUUUUUGAGCGCCAGAACGCCGAGGACGGCGACCUGGCGAUGAAGAGGUGGACGCCGGAUCUCGUCGAUCCGGCUGACCAAGCCGGCGACCAUGCCGGCGACGACGACCUGCCGCAGGCGCCUGGUCUAGGCGGCCAGGGGGAGCACAAUCCGCCCCCUUCACCAGAGCACCAGGAGGAGGAGGAGGAGGAGCCGGCGACGUCCGGCACGGGGCCAAUCCCCGCCGUGCCUCUGCGCACGAGGCCGCCAAGCACCACGGCGACUUCGGCGCCCAAGGGCACGAAGAGAGCCGGCUCCACCGCCGCCGCGGAGUCGAGGGCGAAGAAGCAGCGCCGGCGGCAGCCGAAGAAGGUCCCGGAGCAGGCCGGGGCCCCUAUCAAGUUUGCCCAGGGCGGCGGCUCCCGGCAAGCUCCGCGCGUUGUGUCGCCGCUUCCGCGCCAGAGGAGGGAGCAGACGCCACAGCCUUCCUCGCGCGCACCUACGCCGCCGCCGCCUGCGACAGGGGCUUCUUCCUUUGCCGUGCCGCUGGCCUCGGCGCCGGAUCGCGGCGCGCGGGUCGAGCCAACGCGGCAGCCGACGCUGGACGACAUGUUCCCGCGCCGGACACCUCUUCCGGACCCAGCCGCCGGGGCCGGGCGGGGCAUGCCGCCUUCAGCCGGGGCCGGAGCCGGCGGGGCUGCUCCUAGGACUGGCGCUGGCAGGGCCGCGCCGCCUGCGGCCGGAGCCGGCAGCAGGCCCACCGUGGUGGAGUUGGACGAGAGUCCGGAGGGGCCCUCCGAGACGUGGGCCGGCUGCCUGAAGCCGGCUCAGGUUUCGUCUAAACAACUGAUUCUUUCAGACGGUUGA